AUCUUUCUACUCCUUGCACUCUUCAACUCCUCUGUCUCUCCCUUCUCUCUGUGUUUUCUGUUUUCAAUGGCCGCUGACGUGAGCUCGCUGUUCAGAACAAUCAGCGGUCGGGAUAUGAAUGAAUCUGGUGGUGGUGGCAAGCCAACGGCCCCGAUCACACGGGACUUGCUUGGUGGCUGUUGCUCCCUUGACUCCAAGGAAUUGGACCUUGACUUGCAGGUUCCUUCUGGAUGGGAAAAGCGCCUCGACUUGAAGUCUGGAAAGGUGUACCUUCAGAGAUGCAAUUCUACAAACUCUUCGGCUUCUACAAUGGAAAAUAAACAACAAAACAAUCACCCUGCUGGAAAGCUGCAAGACCUCAACUUUCCUCCCUCAUCAAAGCUACAAUUGAACCUAUUUGAUGAAGCCAACUUAGACUUGAAGUUGGUGCCUUCAUCGUCAUCACCACCCUCCUCGUCCAGUCUGCACAGCGUAUGCACGCUUGAGAAAGUAAAAUCCGCACUUGAGAGGGCGGAGAAAGAAUCAAGCAGCAGGAAGCGAUCAAUGUCCUUGUCAAAUUCAUCGUCCCCACUUUCAAACUCUCUUUCUUCUUCAAUCAGGGAUUAUUGCGAGAUUGAUCAAGAGAAUACCUCUGCUUCAUUUGCUGCUGGCUGCCCUAACUGUCUGCUCUAUGUUCUAAUAUCCAAGAACAGUCCAAGAUGCCCCCGAUGCAACACUGUCGUCCAAUCACCAACGCUGGACAAGAAGCCUCGUAUAGAUCUCAACAUAUCAAUAUAAAUUAAAAUAAGAUUGUGGAGGCCGGGAGGAGGGUGGGCAGGGGCAUUGAUCCUUAUGAUUUUUUGUAAAGAUAGAAGAUAUAGUGUCUGUAAGUGAAUAGAACAGUAUAUAGAUGUUUUAAAGAUUUGAACUGCUUUGUUAGAAAGGCAGACAAAAUCAAUGAUCUUUCUUCUAUCCGAGAUAUUUCUUCAUCUUUGAUUUGAUAUCAUCUUCAAUUCA